AUGUCUUGGUUAUUUGGUGUUCAAAAAAACGCUACUCCGCAGAUUCCGGAUGAUUUUCAAGCAGGUGCUGCUCCUGGCGGUCCACAACAACCAGGUCAAGGCCAACGGCAAGAGGGAAACAGCAAAAUGGCAUAUUCCUUCGACUCAACAGCUUUGGAGCGUGCCGCCAAGGCUGCUCGUGAUCUAGAGAAAUUUCCAAAUGCCAAAGAAGCUCUUGAAUUGUCGAGAAUGCAAGAAGUUACACGCCAAAAAGAGGUCGAGAACGAGACCAAGAAGAUCGAAGCUCAAUUGGCCAAUAUGAAAUCAGAGCACAUUCGUGUUGCUGAAGAAGAACGGAGGAAGACUUUGGGAGAAGAGACUAAACAUGCGCAUUCGCGUGCUGAAUAUCAAGAUCAAUUGGCCAGAAAGAGAGCCGAAGAGGAGCUUGCCAUGAAAGCUAGAAUGCAGGAAGAAAGCCUCCGAAAACAAGAAGAGUCUGUCAAGAAGCAGGAACAACUUCGCAAGCAAACUAUUGAGCAUGAGUUAGCAUUAAAACACAAAUACGAGCUCGAGAAAAUUGACGCAGAGACCAGAGCCAGGGCAAAGGCUGCUCGAGAUAACAGAGAUGUAAACUUAGAGCAAAUGAAGCUUCACGAAGAAGAGAACCGAAAAACUGUCAUUGAAAAAAUUAAAACCAGUGGAGAACUUAUCGGUUCUGGACUCAAUCAAUUUUUGAAUGAUAAAACGAAAAUCGCUGCUGCAGUAGGAGGAUUGACUGCUUUGGCUGUCGGCUGGUAUACCGCUAAACGAGGAACUGGAGUCACCGCAAGAUACAUCGAAUCUCGUCUCGGAAAACCAAGUCUUGUAAGAGAAACAUCCAGAAUCACUCCACUUGAAGUACUCAAACACCCAAUUAAAAGUGUUCAAAUGAUGACUCGUCAGAAGAAGGAUCCACUGAAUGGAGUUGUAUUACCACCUGCUUUGGAACGUCGUCUUCGUGAUAUUGCCAUUACCACCUCAAACACAAAGAGAAAUAAUGGACUUUUCCGUAAUGUAAUGUUCUACGGACCACCAGGAACCGGAAAGACACUUUUCGCAAAGAGUUUGGCUCAACAUUCCGGACUCGAUUACGCAGUUCUCACUGGAGGAGAUAUUGCUCCACUUGGACGUGAUGGAGUAUCUGCAAUUCAUAAAGUAUUCGACUGGGCUUCAAAAAGUCGCAAAGGGUUGAUUGUUUUUAUUGACGAAGCUGACGCUUUUUUGCAAAAGAGAUCAAAGAAUGGAAUGUCUGAAGACACACGUGCAGCUCUCAACGCUUUCCUCUUCAGAACUGGAGAGCAGUCGAGAAAGUUCAUGCUUGUCGUGGCUUCUAAUCAGCCAGAGCAGUUCGAUUGGGCAGUUAACGAUCGUUUCGAUCAGCUUGUCGAAUUCACACUGCCAGGAAUGGAAGAACGUGAACGAAUUCUUCUGCAAUACUUCAACGAGCACAUCGUCACUCCAGCAACUAGUGGAUCUCGUUCUCAACGACUGAAACUCGAUAACUUUGAUUGGGUUGCUAAGUGUAAUGAAGUUGCCAAAAAGACAUCUGGAAUGAGUGGAAGAGAAUUGAGUAAACUUGUCAUCGGAUGGCAAGCUUCUGCAUAUGCAUCUGAAACCGGAGUGCUCACCGAGGCUAUCGUUGAUCGUAAUACUGCUGACGCAAUGGUUCAACAUGAACAUAAGAUGGAAUGGCUUGAGAAGGAGCAAUUGAAAGCUCGUAACCAAGAAGUCAAGUUCGGAACUACGUUGAAGAGAGAAACUGCUGUUUAAUUUCAAAAUAUUCAUUUCCUUGUUCAUGAUACUCUAUUGUUUUCUAUUUACGUUUUUUUGUUGUUUUUUCUUUUCUGAAAUCUUCAAACUUCCGGUAAUUUCGUAAUUUCAUUCUUAAUCAGAAAUUUUGCUGAUAAUAUAAUUUUUUUAGAUAAUUCAAUUAGGCCCUUGUUUUUCUAUUGUUUUUUUUCGUUUUCCCCUUAUUUUCUAGGUCAGUCAUUUUUAUUUAGUUUUUGUGUAGUAAUUUAAGUAGAGUGAAAGAUUAUUGUUUUUUUUUUGUUAAUAAAGAAACUC